AUCCUCUCUUUUAGUGACGAAAAUCCGCAAUCAUCUUUAGCAAUUGAGCUCUCCGCCCCAGAGGCAUCGCUGAGUUGGGUUUUUUGUAUUCACAAGCUCUUGUGUUUAUGCCUUGAGGGCAUGUCUAAAGGUUAGUUAUAUGUUAUCGUACUUCUGUUGAGGGUUUUAUGCCUGAAAACUACUCAUCCGGAUGCCGAGGCGGGACAAAAUUUCGGAUACGGGCAACAGAUCUUUUAUUCGUUAUUUACUAACACUAAACUCUGGACUAGAAUCCUCCUCCGAAUUCUCCUUGCGGUCGCGGUUACGGUUACCAAUUGAGGCAUUCGGGGGGUAUGCUUGAACGAGUCGCACUGCGCCUUGAAAGUGGUGGAUGGCGUUUCCUACGCGGAAGGUUAAAAAGAAGAACGCUACACUCAGCAUUCUGGGUUCAUGGUGCAGGGGAACUGGGAAUCGGUCCUGCCAAUACGUUUGGCUUUGGUUUCGGUGGUGUUGAGGUGGAUUCCGGGGGAGAGGGAGAGGGAGAGUUUGGGGGAAAUGGAGGAUCAGGGACGAAAAGGCAGGAUACCGGGGGAACCAAGGACGCAAGACUCCCGGCAGAUAUUCAAUUGGAUUUUCUAUACCCUUCAAAGACCCUCGCUUUUUUGCGGCACCUCGCACUGCCUUCGGCACGGGAUGAGCGUGAGUUUUUGGCUUUACGCACGAUGCUCCCGCAAAGUUGUAAGAGGCUUUUUAGUUCGAAGUCCUCCGGCGGGAAUGGCUCUGGUGGCAAUAGGAAUGGAAAUCAGAAUAGUUGCCUUUUGCGCUUGAGUGAUAUGCUGAAAGAGGCAUUACCUGUAGAUCCGCAUUUUUCAAGCUUCUCCGAGUUGAGGGACCGCUCGGAGGGGGGUUACGACUCGGCAUGGUAUCAUUAUUCCAUCGAAAGGAAGGACGGCGCUCGAUCACGGCGGACUGACCGCCGAACCUGGCUUGUGAAUUACUUGAGUAAGUCGGGACGGGUUAUCAACAAGGAGCGGAUUGUUGCCGUUCUUCUGGAUUUGUCGUACGAGGAGAGAACUAAGGCGGAUUACCACAUUGCUUUGAAAUCCCUAUUGGAAAUGGGAUAUCCCCGCGAUGCGAUAGCGCUCCUACGCGAUCAGAUGGAGCACUAUCAUAGGCCUCCUGUCGGAUUCGCGGAGGUUAUGAUUUAUUGCCUCCGGGAGAAUAUAUGGGAUGCUGCCAUAGAGACUCUGAAGCUCAACGACGAGGCAUCGAGUGAUGAAUCGAGACUCGAAAUGGCUACGGUCUUGCAGUGUAUGGGCAAUAUCGAGGAAGGCCCGAUAAUGAAAUUUGCCGAAAAAGCCAAAGGCUCUGAUGGUGAGCGCCUUGCUCAGGAAUUAAUGGUCGGACUUCUUCAGGUUUUUUUUAGUUCCAUGCAAUCCGAGAAGUUUUGGAAGGUCUGGGGAUCGGGGCGGUCGUGUGGACUAUUUACCAGCAACCAAGAAGCUUACACUCUCGCUCUAAUUCAGCUUUAUCGUGAGAAACGGGACGCAGACGCCGCCAAAAUAUAUCUUGAAUACCGCGAGAUCCCGGUGAUCAAGCCAAACUCGCGUCUCUUCAACGGCGCGCUGAGAGCUUUUAGAAAUCUGCUUGAUUUCCGGGGCAUGCAGAUGGUCUUUGACGAUUGGUUCACUGCAGGGUCCCAACCGAACAAGCAGGCCUACUAUUUACUCAUGGCUGAAAUGGCACGCCACGGAGAGGCGGGGGUGGUCAGGGAAUUGCUAGAUGGGUUUCUGGAGAGAUUCAACCCCGAAGAACUCCUGCCAUUCAAUUCUUUAAUGUUUGCACAUGCUCGGCGAGGGGAGCUUGAGGAGGUUGUCAAGUGCUUUGAUGCGAUCCCGAAGUUUGGGUUCGUUCCGGACAACUACUCGUUUAACAUUCUUAUCAAUGCCUAUGCAAAAGCCCAAGAUGUUGAUGGGGCCCUCCGGCGAGUGCAAGAGAUGGUCGGGGCCGGGCUUGCUCCAGACGCAUAUACCUAUGCAACGUUGAUGGCGUUGGCCGCUAACCGUGGAGACGCUGAGAAUACCCAAAAAUACUUUGACCUGGCCAUGGACUCGGGGGCUGAACCAACUGAACCCAUGUACCUUGCGCUGAUGACGUCGCGUAUCGCCAUUAGUGAUCUUGAGGGUGCCGAAGAUAUAUUGGGGUCGCUCGCGCAGGCAGAACCUCGAAAGGACACUACCGCCCUCUGGAAUGAGCUUCUCAGUGGCUAUGCUGUCCUGUGUGAUCCAGAAAAGCUAACCAAGACUUACCACAGGAUGCGGGAAGCCAAGGUACCUUUUGAUCAGUACACAUAUGCCACCCUGAUGCACGCUUUGUGUCUUAUUGGGAAAGUUGAGGCAGCCGAGAAGGUUCUCGACUCUCUUGAGGCCGAAGGGAUCAAGCCCAAUUCCAUACACUAUGCUAUCAUCAUGAUAGCUCACAUGAAGAAUAUAGACUUAGCGCAGGUGUGGGCAGCGUUCAACAAGAUGGUGGGCAAUGGCAUCAAUCCAACUUUCACCACGCAAUCUGUCCUCCUGCAAGCAUCUGCCUUUGCAGAGCACGCCAAAUGGCGCUCUUCCGGUGGUGCGCUCUUCCUUAAUUCGGCGGAAGGUAUCUUAGCACAGGUUACGGAGAACCUAGACGUCCUAGACCUCACAUCCAGGGACAUCGUCAAAUCCGCUACACCCCCUUGGCUUUUCGCACCCUUAGUCUCAAUCUACGGAAAAGAAGGUUCCUAUCCUCGCUCCGAGGAAGUCUAUCGCCGCUUCCUGGAAAUCUCUGAAGCCCAGAAACCUGGCGGAACAAUCCCUUCGAUUAAGCUCUACAUAGCCAUAAUGAACGCCCACAUGAAAGCCCGAAACACUGAAGCCGUAAAGAUGAUCUGGGAACAGGUUCGCCACCUCGCAGGCAAACUCGCCCGACCGUCUGACAGCAACCCCUUUCAGCGCGAAGUCCUCUGGUCCCGACGGCACCUCCUCUGCCAGCCCCUCAGCAUCCUGACACAGUCAUUGGCCCACGCCAACGAGCUGGAAACCCUCGUCAAGACCGUCGCAGACUUAGAAAAAGCGGGCUACCAACUCGACAACGUCAACUGGAACAACUUUGCCCAAGCCGCCGUCCUCUGCCGAGAUCUGGACCUCGCAAUGGAGAUAUUUGAGACAAAGUUGAUGCCCGGGUGGAUCGCGCGGAGGAAACGGAUGUCCGCGUUAGAUAUUCCGUCCGUGUAUCCAUUUUCCAGAACUUUUGAUGCGUUGGCCGCUGCGCUCAAGGAUCUGGACAACGCAAUGCUGAAUGGCAGCCAGGAGGCCGAGGAGAGGAUUGAGGCGCUACGGAGGGCGUACCCGAAUACUUGGGGGGCCACCACGAAUUUGCGGUAUCUGGAAUCAAGGAUCGAGUCUGAGAUUGCGUUCCGGAUGUCGAGGAUGCGGUAGAUAGAGAUGUGGGGAUGGCUCGGUUGUAUAUAUAUCCUAUGAUGCUGGUGUUUCGUUCUGCCUUUUUUCAUCUUGGGAGUUUUUUUGUUUCCCUUUGUCUUUCCCGAGUGAUAUAAAGAGCUUUUUCCUUCUUUCAUUCACUCCACCCUUUGCCCACUUGAUCGAUACCCAGGGUUGGGCUCAUACCGCUACACUAGAAUUUCCUUUCUUUUCUCCUUUCUUUCCUUAGAUGAAUUGAUAGCCCUUUCUUCUAUCCUUUCCUCUUUUCUUCUUCUUCAGGAAAUUUACGUGGAGGUGGGAACAUUGCUUGUAUAUUCUUACCGUAUUCUAUUUCCCGCUCUCCCCUUUUAGUCCCUUUCAUUAGAUUUUUUUUUUCAUUUUCCAUUAAAUUUAUACCGCAGCGUGCGUGCGUGCGACUACUGUUCUCUAUUAUGAAAAUACCUGUGUUGGUACUCUAACGCUUAUUUUAGAUAUAAAGUUGGCAGUGAGAGUUGAACGCAAUACCUGUAUAAUUUUAGACUGUAGGAUAAAAUUCCCUGCUUGUACUAUCAAAUUAUGAUAAGAGAUAACUUAGG